AUGGAAUCAAACAAGUUUGAGCAACUAGGCCUGAGCUCAUUCUAUCAUGCCAUACCAACUCUCGAUAAUGCCAAUGACUGGUCGCAGUGGAACCAGAAAGUCAAGGAGUUUCUUCGAAUAUCUCCUUUGGCCAAAGAUGACGCGAUUCCCCCUCUGGAAGAGGAGGAAGCGCAGCAAUGGUCUCACCGCCAGACGUUUUACUCGGCAAUGAUCGCUGCCAAGCUGACCCACAAUGCGGCUCAGCGGAUAAACGCCUUCGAAAUCACCCGGGUCCAAUCACUGAUCAAAGCGGUAAAGGAACACUUCAAGCCAGAAGGUUCAGGCACAUAUGUGAAUCUUCAGAGACGGUACAUGUCACUCACCCGAGCAAAAUGUGGGAGUGCACAAGCUCUCGGAGCUGAGAUCAGAAAAAUUCAUGCCGAGAAGCUUCUACUCGACCCCGCAUGUGUCACCUCUGAGAUUGAACACAAAUGGACAUAG